GCAACGGCCGAAUGGAGAGCGCACUCACACACACACACACAGACAUCUUUCGAUUCGAAACCGUGUAACGCAGGAUUACGUUUCCGUUUGUCCGUCGGCGUGCUAGGUUAUGAACGGUCGCUGAUCCGUAUUAUUAUUCCUGCUGGGUGUGUGGUGCGCGUAAGAAGGUUGUUUGGCAAGUACAGCACAAAGAGGAGCACCAUGAUGAAUCCCUGCGUCAUACCCGAACCGAAGGAAGACGACGUUGGUGAUGGAAGGUGGAUGAGUAUGCACCAACGAUUUGUGCAGCAGGCCAGGACUAGCGAGUCGGAGGUUUUGUUUAUCGGCGACUCGAUAGUGCAACAAUUGCAGUUCACGCCACUGUGGACCGACAAAAUUAGUUCGUUGCAUUGCAUUAAUUUUGGUAUCGGCGGUGACAGGGUGGAGAACGUGCUGUGGAGAAUACAAAACGGCGAAUUGAAUUUCAACGUCAAGCUCAAGGCGGUGGUGGUGUUUGUGGGGACGAAUAACACGGACUGCACGCCGCACGAAAUAUUCGAGGGUAUAUUAGAGAUAAUCAAGGAGAUCAAAAGUCGGUUGGGGAAAGUGACCAUAAUACUGCCAACCCUCUUACCCAGGGGCCACUUCCCCAACCCGUACAGGGAGCGCAACGACCACGUGAACACGUUCCUGAUCGACAAGUUCUGCAACGAGGCGAACGUCGACGAGGUGACCGAAAACGUGCACGUGGUGCCGAUACACGAGAACAUCGUCGGCAACGACCAGACCAUCUCGCACUACAUCAUGCACGACUAUUUGCACCUGACGAACGCGGGCUACAACAAAAUCUUCACGCCGGUCUACGAUAAACUGUGCGAGGUGCUGAAAGUCCAAUAGUAGUAAUUAAUAAUGAUUAAUUAAUUAAUAAUGUGAUUGUGAAUUUUUGCCUUGUCUGUAUUUUUCAUAUUUCGAUGUUUUUCUUUCUUUUGAUAAGUGUUUGAGGAACGGGGACCAACAGGUUUUGAUUGGUUCGCUGUUUUAUUUCAAUUUUCGUGUCUUGAGGCGUUGUAUAUAAUUUUGCCUGAGAUGUAUGUUUUGUAUAGUAUUUUCGAGGAUCAAACGGUUCGAUUUAUUUAUUACCUGAAUAAAAUAUAUUUUAUAUACAAUAAAAAUUUAUAAUUAACAA